CGGUAUAUUUCUUUGAUCUGUCUGUGUAAUUAUUUGACAUUGACAGACACAGUUGUUUGAUGGACGAAUUUCGUUAUCGAUUCUAUUAGUAAUCUCCUUAUCACGCAUAGCUGUGGCCCAGCUAGGGGUGUGACGCGUCGCAUAGGCGACUGAGGGCGUAAGGCGGUGCGCGCACAACUAACUCGUCCAGGAUGUGGUUCUAGAAGUCGUGGGCCUUCGACCCGAGGCUUGAGGCGCGAUGGCAGCCGACACGGCUGUGGCGGCCAGCCCCGAGGAGACACUCGAAUCCUUGCUGCGCGAAGCUGAAGCACUCAAGCAGAAACUCGAGGAAGAGCGCCAGAAACUUAACGACGUAUCCUUAUCAUGUGUGGCAGAGCGACUGGAGCCCAUCACAUUCCCCAACCUGAAGCUGCGGCGUGUGCUCAAGGGGCACCAGUCCAAAGUGCUGUGCUCAGACUGGUCUCCUGACAAGCGACACAUUGUGUCCUCUUCACAGGAUGGCAAGGUUAUAGUGUGGGACGCCUUCACGGCCACCAAGGAGCUGACAAUCUCUAUGCCCAGCACUUGGGUGAUGGCCUGUGCCUAUGCGCCCUCCGGCAACAUCGUCGCGGCCGGGGGGCUGGACAACAAGGUGACGGUGUUCCCGCUGUCGGGCGCGGACGAGGAGCCGGCGGCGCGCAAACGCACCGUGGCCACGCACACGUCAUACAUGUCCUGCUGCCUGUUCCCCAACACCGACCGCCAGAUCCUCACGGGCAGCGGCGACGGCACGUGCGCUCUGUGGGACGUGGAGUCCGGCCAACUGCUGCAGAGCUUCCAGGCGCACGCCGCCGACGUCAUGGCGCUGGACCUGGCGCCCUCCGACAUGGGCGACACGUUCGUGUCCGGCGGCUGCGACCGCGCCGUGCUGGUGUGGGACAUGCGCACGGGCCAGGCGGUGCAGGCCUUCGACACGCACGACUCGGACGUCAACAGCGUCAAGUACCACCCGUCCGGCGACUCGCUCGCCACCGGCUCCGACGACUCGUGCUGCCGGCUGUUCGACCUGCGCGCGGACCGCGAGGUGGCGCGCUACACUAAGGAGAGCAUCAUCUUCGGCGUGAACUCGGUGGAGUGGUCGGUGAGCGGGCGCCUGGUGUUCGCGGGCUACAGCGACUACACGGCGUGCGCGUGGGACGCGCUGCGCGGGUCGCGCGUGUGCGUGCUGUGCGGCCACGAGCACCGCGUCACGCGCGUGCAGCUGGCGCCCGACGGCACCGCGCUCUGCACGGCCUCGUGGGACACCACGCUGCGGAUCUGGGCGUAAGGCGGCUCCGGCGAGGGCCCGCAGCUGCCGGUGCGGUCGUCCAGCGUCCAACGUGCGAGCGGCUCUGCAUUGAUCCACUUUGUAGGAUCGUAGGCGUGGAUACUUACUACGGUUUUAGGAAUCUUUAAUUUUUGAAGUAUGUGUUCCUACCACCAUACCUACAGAACACGUACGAUUCUGAAUACCUUGUGUCGUAGAUUUAGUCGAGUAUACCUAUAGCACUAGUCGGUUUAGAAUACAAUAAUAUAUAUAAAGAUGAUAUAGCUAAGUAAUGUAUGUAAAUAUUGGUUGUCGAACACGUUGAAGAGUGCUGUUAAUUUUUGCGAGUAUUUAUUUUUAGAGUUUGUCUGAUCGUAACUAAUGUAAGGAUGUUAGGGCGGCUCGCGCCGUCCGUCCAACAGCUCAGUGUUAGUCUCCUAUUAUUAUCAAUAAAUUUAAAUGUUAAA